CUCUCUAAAUUAGGGUUUCAUUCAUCUAAUUUCUUCUAACAAUCACCACACCAACACCCUUCAAUUUCACACCUCCAACCAACCAACCAACCCACAAGAUGGAAAUGGGAUCAUUAGCAACAGGAACAAACAAUUACUACAGCCCUUGUGCAGCCUGCAAAUUCCUAAGAAGAAAAUGCAUAGCAGGAUGCAUAUUUGCACCCUAUUUCCCACCAGAGGAGCCCCAAAAAUUCGCCAAUGUCCACAAGGUGUUCGGAGCCAGUAACGUGGCGAAGCUCCUCAAUGAAGUUCUUCCUCAUCAACGACAAGACGCCGUCGUGUCCCUCGCCUACCAAGCAGAGGCCAGAAUCAGAGACCCUGUUUAUGGCUGUGUUGCCGCCAUUUCCUUCCUUCAAAAACAGGUCCAAAGGCUCCAAAAUGAACUCGAUGCAGCUAAAGCUCGCCUUUUGCUAUACUCUUGCACUGAUUUCUCAACACCCUUUUCGCCUCAGCCUCAGAUUAUUAGCCCUCCACUGCUUUGGAAUCAUAAUGAUAUUGUUUCUGCUAAUUCUUCUGUGUAUUUUAAUGGAGGAAUUUAAUGGAGAAAUGGGCAUGUUUUAUAUUGUAAAAGGAACUCAAGAUUUGAGGUCUCUUUGUGGUUCAUGGCUAGUAGAUGCCAAAUGCUUGGUUUUAGGGUUUUGAUGUUUUGUAU